GAGCCAAUAGCAGCGAAGCGAGUUAAAGCGUUGAUGGCACGCGGUAGCUCCUCACUUCCUGGUUGAAGAUGGCGGAUGAGAAUGAGACAGCACCGAUGCCGGAGAAAGAAGAUGUAGAGGACCACGGACACUGCAGCGACUGUGAAAAUGAAGAGCACCACUUUGAAGAUGGGUAAGAACACAGGCCUGUUGGCAGGGUGGUGUUAAAUGUGUCACAUCAUUGUAAACAGAACAAAAGCUAAUUCAAGCGACAACCUCGGCUAGCAGACUUGUCGGAAUAGACAGCCAUCGAUGGAACAUGUCCCGCCCACUUUCUUUUACCCUGUUGGUUGAGAAGAGCAUUUGCUGGCUGUCUUUCUCAUACGAUUGGCUGAGAGUGCGGUCCGUUCUAUAUGUAGGCGGGCUUUAGUGUCGCUCUCCUUCAGCUCGGUUAGCAAGGCGUAGUAUGGUAGUGGAAAACCUCAUUGGGGCAUUAAAUGAGACAUUGCAUUUACUGUCACCUACUGAAUGCAGACAACAAGACAAACCAUUUUGGCAGCACAAAGAUGUGUAAUUCGUACACAGAUAUUAACUUUUUUUGCACCUGAUGCAAUUCAUGGCACCCACAGCUGCUGCUUAGUAAGCUAGCCCCCAUGCUAGCCUAGCUGUCAAACCCCUAUUGUCUGUAAGUGUUUGAGCAAAAGUGAAACAAGCAAAACCGCAAUCGUGCUACAACUACGUACUGAAGAUAGCACGUUGUUGGACAUUCAAUCCCCCACCUUCAAAUGGAGAACUGUGAAUGAUCCUCGAUUAAUCGAGCCAUGCCUCGAAACAGGAUUCAUGGAAAAACCUGUCUGGCUUAAUUCUGACUUACAUUAAUGUUUACUAAGCGGGGACACACAUGAGAGGAGCUCAGGUUUGCCGGUGUUGAGGCGUGUCCGUCUAUAGACCAUUGGGUGGACUCUAAUAAUGAGAGGGACUGUGCUGCUUAGUCAUCCUUUUCUAACAUUGAACCUCCUGAAGAAAUCAGUGCCCUCCUCUGAUGAUCACUGCUAAACCCCUUGGGUUCACUGAAGCUGUAAUCAGUGUUACCCAAGAUUGUUCUUUUAUUCUUGGAUUGUUCUAACUAAAUAGGGUGUAUCAUAAGGGAAAGAAAAAUUGCAACUCAUAUUUAGAACCUUCACAUUUUUUUUCCAGCAGCACAUGCAACAUGCUGCACCCAACACCCACAGAAACAAAGAGGUUCUGGCUUUCAGCUGGUGUCCUCUGUUGAAAUGGAAGCCUGUGGAGCAAACUAUUGUAUUUUUUGUUGCCUAUUGUCCUCUUGAACAUACACGCAUACACACGUGUAGAAACCAUUUCCAGAGGUCAUGUAAUUCACGUUCUGUGCUGUUGUUACAAAUACAGGCCAUUGCGUUGCCUCUCUCCUCUCUGGGACACUAAUGAGAUUAUCCUCUGUAAGUAUGCAGUCUCUGUCAGGCCAGAAAGUGGGAUAGCUGGGUGCAGGCAUGUAUGUAGGUCCUUACCUUUUAAAUAAUAGACAGUGGGGGAUUAUGGUGUGCUGGUUUUAGGAUGGAGGUUUUAAAACUACCUGUUUAUGGUUCUUCCCACUAUCCUAUGUGCCACUGUAUCAUCUGAAUCAGGACAAACGUCUGAUACAGGAGAUGAAGAGCGCUACAUUCAGCGUGUCUCUCGUGCUCUACCUCACAUGUUCUGUCAGUUAAUUGGGACUUUUGAGUCAGGCUAGUUUCUUGCUGGAGCUGCAACAAAGUUUGUUCGGGUAAACAAACAACUGAAAAUCUAAGAUCUGUUUACAACUAAUGGUGACUUUGAAUCACAACUUACAAAGAAAAUGUGAAAAAAAUUUCCAAACAGUACAAUUACCUUUUAAGUUUUACAAAAUUACUAUCCAUGAUUUAUGAGGGUAGACCUGAUGAAUUUUGGUACCCAAUUAAGUUAAAUUUUAAAGCAAAUGUGUUACAUAUUUUUCUUGCUCCUUAAUGUCUUGACAGUUUUUCUUUUCUUCUAUGCUGUAGGCAUAUUCCAGGUAGAGAUUUAAAGUAUUACAUUGUGACCGGGACAAGGCUUUCCUUAGGGAUAGAGGACUAAGAUACUGAUAAUGUCUAUUUCUGUCCUGUUUCAGUGACAGGGGUCUGGGUGAUGACACUGGUGCCAAGAAGAAGAAAAAGAAGCAGAAAAAGAAGAAGAAAUCUGGUUCAACAGAAGCAGCUCAGGACCCCCUUGCCAAGGCAUGAAUCAAUUAACCUUUAAAAAAGUUGUUUUACAGCCGUUGGUUCCACCAUCUAGAGUUAAAAUAGCAAUGAAAUAUGUCAGAGUUGUGAAAUCUGGACUCAUGCUGUAACAACACUGAAACUGUUCGAGAUGGAAAAAAAAUCCUUUUUUAUUAGUACUUUUCAUUCAACUUAAAAUAAUCUUGACUUUUCAAACAGGUGAAUUCAUUGCCAGCUGAUAAGCUACAGGAGAUCCAAAAGGCCAUUGAACUGUUCUCAGUAGGCCAGGGUCCAGCCAAAACCAUGGAGGAGGCCACUCGGAGAAGUUACCAGUUCUGGGAUACACAGCCUGUGCCCAAGCUAGGUGUGACUUUUAUUUUUCUCUUUAAACUCACAGGUAAGUGAACAUUAUGUUGUUUUCACUGUGUGUUAUAAAUUGCUUUGUGUUCUUUUCAGGGGAGACCGUUACAUCACAUGGCUCUAUUGAACCUGACAAAGACAACAUUCGUGAGGAGCCUUACAGCCUCCCACAGGGCUUCAGCUGGGACACCCUCGACUUGGGGAACCCCGCUGUGGUAAGUGAAAGAAAAACACGCUGCUUGUAUCAGGAUUGCAAAUGAGAAAAUCUGCAGCUUACAGUCCCCUUGACACUCUUUUUAGUUAGAAAGCUAGUUGAUUGUUGUGUCAGUGCUUUUGAGAAGAUGUCAUUCAUUUGUUGUGUUCCUCUCUUACUGUUUUGAACUGAUGGAAGACUAAAGUGAGCCUAAAAGUGAACAAGCAUGUCUCAGGAUGUGGUUUAAAGCAUUAUGCAGUCAUGUUUUGGUUAAAACAAGCUAAAGUUUGAAUGUUGUGUUUUCAGUGUGCGUGCCUGCUAUAUGAAAUGUUUACAAAGUAAAAUGACUCCUCAGAAAUAGUGCAGAACAAGUGAAGUUAGAAAAGCCUCAGCAUGGUUUAUUCAUGUCUGUAAGGCAGACAUGGUGUGCACACCUGCAGACUAUAAAACUGUUGUGUUUACUGAAUGAUUUUUAAUCUCUGUGAGCUUUUGGUAUCCUUUAAAUGAUUUAAAAGAUACCAACCAACUUGUGCAUGUAUGUUUUCAAUUGUUUUUUUCCCUUCUGCAGUUCUCUCUUGUGUAAGUGAAGGUUGUUAGUUAUGACUAUUUCUGUUCUCUUCUAUAAAAACCAGCUCAAGGAGCUUUACACUCUUCUCAAUGAGAAUUAUGUUGAAGAUGAUGACAACAUGUUCAGAUUUGACUACUCACCUGAGUUCCUGCUCUGGUAAUUCUUUUCUGGACUGAACUCCUCUUUUUUCACAUCUGACAAUGAUAUUUUUGAAUUUGAAUUUUGAAGUAGUACAUCUGGAUAGUAAAUUUUUUAUUGUAAAAGCACUUUAAACAACUUUAAAAAGACAAGCUAAAACUGGAAACAUUGCAUUCAGUAACUGAUGUCUUUCUUAGGGCCUUGCGACCCCCUGGCUGGUUGCCUCAGUGGCAUUGUGGGGUGAGGGUUAACUCCAAUCAGAAGCUGGUCGGCUUCAUCAGUGCCAUUCCUGCCACUAUCCGUAUCUAUGACAUGUAAGUGAACACAAUACCAGAAGUAAUCACAUUGCUUUACCACUACACCGUCCCUGUCCCAGCACACAAACACUGGGUGAGAGUGGAUUAAUUAAUGCAGGUAGGUCCACCUCUACAACAGUGGGUGGCAAUAACCCCCCUGCAGCAAGUUAUUAUUGGACUGUCUCAUAGUUGACCUAUCACAUACUUAAACAGUACGUACUUAAACAGACAUACAACUUCGGAAGAGGCCACCUGGUUGUGUGUCAAACAAUAAAACAUGGACAGCUCAACUGCUCGCUCUCUCGGUUUUACUUUUGGAACAAAUGAGACACACACAUUUUUCGUGGGCUAAUGGUGAUCUUUAAAGACAUAUAACCCUGGCUUCCUUUUUUUACAUUUCACUUCCAUGUUAAAUCCAGUGUGUGAACUGUGGAGCAUGAGAGGAGCAUCUAGGCCAGUUGGAGGCUAGCUGAGGUGUAAACAUGCAAGAGAAAAUAAAUACCCAACCAUACUAUCUGGGAAUGUCAGCAGGAAAUUGGACUAAGUGCAAUUUUAGUUGAACCAGCUUGUUUUGCAUGAAUUGUUAAAACCCAGUUUUAGUCAGUGUAGUCAGUAACAUAAUACACAGAUUUUUUUGAAACAUGUUAUUGUAUCAAGCAGGGAUUUGACAUUUCAUUAUGGACCCCUCACAUCCAAUCAGUUCAACUCCUCUGUCAUUAAAGCUAUCUCCAGUGGUCCCUAUAAUUUAUCAUAAUGUGCCAAUAUAACCAAGAUAAAUUCCUUCUAUGAGUGAACUUACUCUGAAUGUCUUAGUCUGGCUCUAGUUUAUAAUGCAUCUCAUAUUAAGUUUUUAUUGAUCAUUAUUGUUAAAAAGUGUAUUACUUUGUUUUCAUUGAGUAUUUACAUGACCUUUAAUCUCUCUAUCUUCAGUGAAAAGAAAAUGGUUGAGAUCAAUUUCCUCUGCGUCCACAAGAAGCUUCGCUCCAAACGAGUUGCUCCUGUCCUGAUCAGAGAAAUUACCAGACGGGUCAACCUGCAGGGUAUCUUUCAGGCUGUUUACACUGCUGGAGUGGUACUUCCCAAACCUGUCAGCACAUGCAGGUGGGUCUGACAGAAAAGCCUCCACAUGCUGACUAUACCCCUGUAUCUCUUUAUCUUGACUUUUUUUAUAGUGUAAAUUCUUUUGCGCAGGUAUUGGCAUCGCUCCUUGAACCCACGCAAGCUAAUCGAGGUGAAAUUCUCCCACCUGAGCAGAAACAUGACUAUGCAGCGCACCAUGAAGUUGUAUCGUCUGCCUGAGGUCAGUGAAAACUCAACAAAUUUAAGAAACGCACAUUUUCAACUUUACGACCUUGCAAUGACUGUGUUCAUGUCUUUUAGGCUCCUAAGACUCAAGGUCUGCGGCCAAUGACUAAGAAGGAUGUGCCUGUGGUGCAUCGCCUCCUCCGUGAGUACCUGAACCAGUUCCACCUGGCACCCGCCAUGAACCAGGAAGAGGUAGAACACUGGCUGCUUCCCCAGGAGAACAUCAUUGACACUUACCUGGUUGAAGUAAGGGAACAGUCCACCCAGUUGUUAUGAAAGAGAUUUAAUUUUGUUUGGUGAAUAUUUCUUAAAACUAGUUUUAUGUUCUUGUGACAGGCUGAUGGAAAGGUGACUGAUUUUCUGAGUUUCUACACACUGCCCUCCACCAUAAUGAAUCACCCUGUGCACCGCAGUCUAAAGGCAGCAUACUCCUUCUACAACGUGCACACCACCACCCCGCUACUCGACCUCAUGUCUGAUGCCCUCAUUCUGGCCAAAUCGGUUGGUGUUCUUUCUCAAUUCAUGUGUGUGUAUCCUCCAGGGUUUUCCUUCUGCACAGCUAAUGUCCUUUCUCCCUCGUCUGUGUAUCCAGAAAGGGUUUGAUGUCUUCAACGCACUGGAUCUAAUGGAAAACAAGACUUUCUUGGAGAAGCUUAAGUUCGGCAUCGGUGACGGAAAUCUUCAGUAUUAUCUGUACAAUUGGAAGUGUCCCAGCAUGGGCUCAGAAAAGGUAGGUUUUACAGGAUUACUUGUCUCAUAAUGAUAAUGUCAUGACCUCAGAGUAUCUGCAAGUAAGCACUGAUCUCUUCUUUCCUGCAAGUUUACUCCAGCCAGCAUUUAUCUGCAAAAAAACACCCGAACAUAAUGUGAAGGGGGAAAAAAAAGGACAGCAUGAGACAGGGCUGACUUAACUGUGGCACAGAGAACAUGGUAUAUUAAUACAGCCUGCCUUUUCUUAAAAAAAAUGUAAAAGCAGCUGACUUAUAGGUCCAAAUGAAACAGGACAUUUAGUCUUGAAAACGACCUGAAGCGUAUCGAGUGGUUAAUCAGUAUUUUCUGUUGUGGUACUGCUGGACACUUAGUGUCAGGUUUUUGUGGGUUGUCAGGAGAAGUUACUCACAAUUUUGGAAUAUUGCAGCGCAUCUGAAUUAUGCAUCAGGACACUUCAGUCCUUUUUGUGGAGCACCAUCAGCCCUGUAGCUAACGCUGCUAGCUGCAGCAGCUAGAAAGCUCAUUAUAUCGUAAUGGAAAAAAAAUCAAAUUUAGCCAAACUCUUAUGAAUUAAUAAUCUUGACUAGUUAAUCCUUCCAACCAUGUUAAAUUAAAUAUAACACGAGGAAUUAUUGAUACAUACUGCUGGUCAAAACUUGAAAAGGAAUUUGAAUCAAUAAUUCAAGGUACUACAUUCCAUCCAUUUUUUACUGUGACAGAAGUAUUUAUUGGAGAGCCCAUGAUCAAUCAAACAGGCACUGAAGGGGCUUAAACUCUUUUCACCUUGAUGAACCCUGCAGAAAUGAUGUAGCAUGAAGGUUUGCCAAAUAAACACCUUUUCUAACAUCUCCAUGAUUUUCUUCUCCAGGUUGGAUUGGUUCUGCAGUGACAUCCCUUUACACCACAAAACCAAGUGUCAACAACAGGCCAGGAGACCACACCAUCACACUUGACCACCUGACAUGAUGGACUGAUGACUUCCUGCUUCAGGAGAGAAAACCCCCCCCACCGCCCAUUUUUACUUUUUGACCUUCUGAACUUGACCUGCACUACCGCUGCCAGGCGGGGAGGCUGGGAGAGUCUUCCCGCUCUUCCUCCUCCUACGAUCACAGGGACCUUAAGCCAUUGUAGUUAUCAUCCCAAACAACUGUAAUUCAUCUGAGAGCUGUCUUGAUUGUACCAAACACACCUACACACAGGAGCAGUUUGCACAGAUUACUGUAAACCAAACACUCAUGGUUGGCAUACCUGCAAAACCUAGUUAAUGUGUAAGUAACAUCAGACAUACUGUGGAUUCUGCCCUGAUACAUACAAACUAAAAUCUACUGUUUUAUUUUAUUGCUAAAUGUUGGAAGUGCUUUUUGCAAUUAAAAUAACCCUGUCAUCCUUCAGUUUUAGAGAUAAAAAAAUAAAACCAUCAAAAAUAUUUUCAAGAGGAAAAGGCUCGAGGAGUUGAGGUAAUGAAUACCAAAAGUGGACACCAGAUAAGGGCUUCUGCUUCGAUUUCUCUUGUGUUAUGCUUGACCCUGUGUCUUUAUUUUCCUCAUCUAACCUGAUUUCAGACUAUGACAGUUGAACUUUGGAGUUUGUCUUGCUGCACUGCUUGAAGAAGACAUUCAUGUAAGAACUGUGCGUUUGUCUUCUGGAGUUCCUCUCAUCUGUAUUAACUCUUCAUAGUAGUCCUCCACAGCUUACUGCACUAACUGAAGAAGCCCCAAAAAACAGACUAACAACCCAGGAGGAGAAACAAAUAAUCAGAGUCAGUUUUUGGGAUGAGGUUGGACUGUCACAGAGCUCGAAGGCUUUCUUGGUGGAGUUUACUCCACGUUUAUCAGCAGGGAUCCGAUUUGUUAUGACACCUCUUGAUUUAACCGUGCAGUAGUUUCAAUCUCCACCCUGAGGGAACGGGAGUAUGGAAACAAUAGAUUGAAACUCAAUUGCCUUUGAGUACCUUAAAAGAACUUUUCAGCUCAUUUUGCAGAAAUUGCAUGAAGAAAUCACAUAAGAAGUCUUAACUAGUCAUAGAAAUAAUAGUACAAACUACCUGACAGUUCUGGACACUUGUUUACAUGCACAUAUCUCACACCGUGUUUAGAUCUUUGCUGUUUAAAGACAUGAUCAUGUUUGCCUUUGUCUCACUUCAAUUAACAUCCAUAAUUUUAUGCUUUUUUUAAGCUCUAUUUAGGAAGUGAUGACAAACAAUAGUAUUAAUCUACAUCAUGGAAAAUUGAUCAAUGCAGCUGGCUUUUCACCUUAAUGAAACAUUUCAAGCUCUAUGCUGAUCAUAUAGGUGACAUCAAUAAGGUUCGGGAUGGAUUUUGAAACUGGGCCAGUGAACAGCAGUCUGAAUUUCUGACACUUUUUGCAGAGUUGAUGAUGACAGGAGGAAUCUCCUCAAAGUGUUUCUUAUGUAAAAUGUUGGUUCUAUUUGCAUACAAAUGUAAAGAAUAAUGGGUUUUAUGGUGUUCUGAUGCAGGAAAAGACUUUCAAGAUGCAGGUGAUUUUUUUUGAGCAAAAAAUAAAAUCUAGAAGUUGCUGUGAGGA